AUGCAGGUUUCUCGCUUUUUUGCCAUCCUGGCGCUUGCCAUUUCGGUCACGGCCAUCCCCGUUAGCAUCGGCGGAUCCAAAGCCGUGGCUCCCGGCCCAGCAUGCCAUCUAGACAAGGCUGGGCGUUGCCAAUGCCAUAGCGCCGGGAGGUCGAGCAAUCACCGGUUGACUGCUCGAAGCGAUUGCUGGACCGACAGCGACAAGGGCAGCGACGUCUCCAGCGCCUCUAGCAAAGGCAGCUCGCCCAGUCCUACGGCCUAUAACUGCACGGUCUGCGGAAAGAAAUCUGAUGAUUGCAGAGAGGGACUCUGCGGCAAUAUGUAA